GCAACGGCAGACGCAGGACGCUGCCUCCUUCCGCUCCGCACAGCGUUUCAUCGAAGGAGGAGACGAUUGGGUGGGAGCAUCCUCUCACUUGCACGCCGUGAUGAUGUUUUAACACGCUGCGAUUUUGAAGGAGUAGGUUGGGAAACAAAAGUGUUUCAUGGGGGAAAGGAGAGCUUUGUUGGCGCACGGGAGAGAGCUUUACGCGGAGGAGGGGAGCGCAGCUGCCGCGCCGCCAGCUCCGACGGACACGUCGCCCGUUCCUCCGCAUGGCAAAGUCCCAGAUUAUGCGCUCGUCUCCAGGCUACAGCGUGAUGCCAGAGCCGGGAUUUGUAUCGGGAUUGCCCGCAUCUAACACGGAUUUCCGAGUGCUGAAUGCCGCUAGCGUCUCGAGUGCACGUCAAGGAAUCGCCGGUCAUUAAAAAGCUAGUCCACCUUUUGCCCCGCUGUUGCUAUGGAGAACCUCAGUGAGCUCCAAAAUCCUCUGUUGGACAAAAAUAGCAAGCACAUGGUCAACGGUUACGGAGGUGAGUUCCCGAACAACCAGUACCAGGAGAACUUUAUCAACUACUUUGGUGGUGAGAGCGGCGGCGGGAAGCCGAGAGAUGUGGUGAGCGGCGGGGGCGGCUACAAUAGCAACGGCAAGAUGAAGUCGCAGCAGCUCUUGGACGCCACCUCGCUGCAUUUGGCCGUGGAGGCGUUCUACAGGCCCAACUUCAUCCUGUACAAAGAGGACAAUGGCAGCAUCAAGGCCAAGGAAUACAAAAGUGAGUGCUGCGAGACCACUUUCACGGAGAAGAAGGCCAAGGAGACGUCCAACUCGGGCGGAGGGGACGCGGCAAGCUCGGAGGAACCGCAGGCUAAGGUGCUGGAGGACGGUGAACACGUCAAGAUCCAGACGGUUUCGUACGAGGUGGAGGAAGAAGAGUACGUAGAGUAUGAGACAGACUGCUCCAGUGACAGCGAGAGCGAGGACAAUUUCAUCGUGGUGCCUCCGCGGGACCACCUUGGCUUGGCCAUCUUCUCUAUGCUCUGCUGCUUCUGGCCUCUGGGAAUCGCAGCAUUUUACUUUUCGCAGGGGACCACCAAGGCUGUGCACAAAGGCAACUUCCCGCUGGCGAACAUCGCCUCCCGACGGGCUCUGUUCCUGGCCGCCCUUUCCAUCACCAUCGGCACCGGCAUCUACGUGGGGGUGGUGGUGGCGCUCAUCGCCUACCUUUCAAAACCAGGACACAUAUAGCUGACACCGGUAUCUGUCGGGAACAGAAGAGCCCCCCCCCGCGCCCGAAACCUGAAAAUUUAGAGCAACGUUUUUUGGUGGCUGUACAGUUUUCCCAUGCCACCCUCCUGAAGAUUUCCCAGAUUUAGCACAGCAGCAGGGAAGGGGGCAAGCUGUAAGGUGGAAAGGUUUAAAGGAAUGGAUGUGUUCCUCAUCGGCGGCCCAAUUCACAUCACAUUGAGCUUAUCCCUCGCCGGAUUGAUCGGCGAGCGUUAUCGCAAGCUUAAGAACGCUAAGAACCGUCUUUGCUCUCCUUGCCUCCCAGUAUCCUAAAAGAACUUUCAAGAAACACCAUGACUGAUAACAGCAACAUUUCUAAUGCAUAAAACAUCACAUAGCUUUUAUGUGACCCACGGGAAGAUGUCACUACCCAUGUGUCAAAGCCCGUAAAACACAAUCGUCUCAUGCCAGAUGUUGUUUGCCUACAAUCCAAAUGUGCUUUGUUUUUGUUUUUCGCCCUCUGUCUGAAGACACCUUGAUUACACUUGUGGCAGUGGUGUUGCGUGCGUUACCAAGCGUCUGGGACAAAUAAAAAGAAUUAGCCCCAUAAGGUACAAGCGGAGUGCUUGUACCUCCACACCACCCGUGCCCACUCCAACCAGAUAACCAGAGAACUCUAACCAAACGACGAUGAUGGAAUUGUUAUCAACACACGUUGGCCUUUUAGAGUAAUUUCUCUACAAGAUAUCUGAAACAGUCGCCAUGUCGCAUUGCAAAGAAUGCAAAGGUCAGCCUGAAAGGUAAAGGUUAAAAAAUAUAUAGAGAGGGAAAAAAAUGGGGAAAAAAAAAAAACAUUCCGACCCCAGAGACAUUGUAGCUUGGCACGCGUGGCAAUGAACUUUUAGGCUGCGUCCACAUUAACAUGGAAAUAAAAAAUAAAGUGGAUUUUUCUAUGCGUUUUUGUUCUUAAAAACCCUGGCCAGUGUAUUUCCAAGACUCCAUCUUCUGCGUUUAUGUGUAGAUGUCGAGAACUGAGCUUUUUCUCUCAAAACGUGCGCCAUUAUCGCCAGUAUUUAAACAAUAAUCAACGAUAGAACAAUGAGGAUAUUGCCUAAAGCUGCGUACACAAUGUUUAAGAUUUUAACCCCACACUACAGGAUAAUCACUCAGGUUAAUCUUUGAGGAAAGUGGAGCCUUUACUAAAUUUCAUCAAAAGGGAGCAAAAAAAAAAAAAAAUGCUUAAAUUGUGUGUCUACCCCCGCUUUAGGUGAGUGCCACUUAAAUGAUGCAUAUGGUCAUAAAUGUAUGCAUAUCUCAUUAUGUUGAUGAAGAAAAGUCAGCUCAUUUUUCACCCUUUUGAUUGGCCAAAAUGCACUUGAGUAAUGACUAAUAUAUAUAUAUAUAUAUAUAUAUAUAUAUAUAUCCCCAUUUAAUGCGCUGGGAAUAUGUUUUUCUAGACCCACCUACAAUAGGUGAAAAUCUGCUAUAUGGAGUGACCACGUCAUUUAAAAAUAAAUAGUUUAAGUCAUCUUUUUUUCUUUCCCACUUUAACUUCUUAAAACACACUUUCUUGGUGCCUGUUCUCACUCUCAAUGGCACAGUUCUUCAACAUUUUUCAUUUGAGAUUUGGCAAAUCCCCAGAUUAUCCACCGCAGGUAACCGCGCACCCUUAAUCACUUCCUUGUACGGAAUGUUUCCUGUUGCCUCCAAAAAACCUGAACAUCUGAAAUAAAAUACUCAAAGCCAAAAGCAAGUUUGGUCGUCUAUGGAAGUUGUAAAUCAUGCAGAAUUUGUGGAGAAGCUUUGACAGCGUCGGAAUGAGUGGGCGAUCAAUUCGGGUGUUCUACCACCAGCGCGCCGCCCAUACCAUGAUUGAUCGAUUAUUAUUAUAAUUUUAUUUUUUUUUUAUAUAUAGAGGAGCUGGUUAUUUAAAAAAAAAGAUUGAAUUAAAAUUGAUCAGGCUGUAACGGGGGGCCAGCGAGCUUCUUCCAUUUAAGAAACAAGCAACAUUCUGUGACAGCAAAUGGUAGCGAAAGACGAAAUGUAUGUAAAAAAGGUUGAUUAAUUACCCAGGUGACUUUAUUUUUGAGUUCGAGUUCACGCCGCGAGAGCACAAGAGGCGACGUUCGGCUUAGCUCCCAUGCAUCAGUCAUAGCUGACAUUUAUGGAGCACAAUUAGCUCAGUGUAAUGGCCUCUUUUUUCCCUCUCUCUCUCUCUCUCCCGCUCUCUCCCUUCUCCUCCAAGGGAUUGUGUACUCUCCGGAGCGUGGCCCUAAAAUAGCACAAGCACAUUCGUUUCAAUAAUAGGCCGCGGUGUCAGCGGCCUAUUAUUGUAAACGAUCCGCUAAAGAAGUCAACGUCUCCACCAGGGAACGCUCGGAUGCAGCGUGCUAGUUCCAACGGCCACUUUUUCUCCCAAGUGUAAACAUGGCGUCUGUUGAUUUUGGAAGAGAUGAACUUUGGGCUAAUCUGAGAUGUCGGUUAAUAUGUCGUAUGUGGUUAACCAAGAGGUGGCCCAAGUAUGGCCUGUGAGCCAUAUAAGGCCUGCUUCGUUCUGUACUGUGGCCCACCUAGCAUUAACAUGAUCAAGAGACCAUCAUAAGGGGGAGUUUCCAACUUAAAAAAAGCAGUCAUUAUGACUUGACAGUAGUAGAUGAUAAAUAUGAGCUGUGACAAAAAAAUCUGCUUUCUCUAGUCCCAUUUUGUGUCUCUAAUUACACAUGUAAGAAACCACUGUGCCUGAGGAAAACAACCAUCAGAGAAGGAAGGUGUGACUUACGAGGUGUUACUCAUUUGUCGCAUUCUUGCGGGCAAACCCCCAAUGGCUUCAUGCUGAACUGUUACCUUGUUACUGGUCUGGUGGUUAGCGGGUACCCUUAUUAAAUACAAAAUGAGCUCGUGAAAAGUGCUGGCGACUUAAAUGUGUCGGCGGACUUCAUGUAUCUAUAUGCCUUCCCGUUUCCACACCCCCAAAAAAUACUGUCAAGCCAUAAUUACUGUUUUACCAAACAUAACAAAAAGUGAUUGCUUUUUGAUUGCAAAGCCCCCUUUAAUAUUUGUUGCAUUACUAUAGGGCACGGUGGCCGACUGGUUAGAGCGUCAGCCUCACAGUUCUGAGGAUCCGGGUUCAAUCCCUGGCCCCGCCUGUGUGGAGUUUGCAUGUUCUCCCCGUGCCUGCGUGGGUUUUCUCCGGGCUCUCCGGUUUCCUCCCACAUCCCAAAAACAUGCAUGAAUUGGAGACUCUAAAUUGCUCGUAGGUGUGAAUGUGAGUGCGAAAGGUUGUUUGUUUCUAUGUGCCCUGCGAUUGGCUGGCAAGGAGUUCAAGGUGUACCCCGCCUCCUGCCCGAUGACAGCUGGGAUAGGCUCCAGCACCCCCGCGACCCGAGUGAGGAGAAGCGGCUCAGAAAAUGGAUGGAUGGAUGGAUGGAUGCAUGACUAUAGCUGUUUUUCCUCAGAUGUAUUAAUAUUGAUGGAUUUAUUUAUUUUAUUGAUUUUUGUAUCUACUUUCUCAUUAAAUAAUUCCUCAAUUCAUUUACUGUAAAUAUUAAAUGAAAAAAAAAACAAAUAUAGACUUUAUGGACACUCUGUAUACAAUGAAGUAUUUUUUAUUUUAUUAAAUAAUUUGUAAACUAAUUAGGAUUAUUUCCUAAAAUCAACAAUUUUAAUUUUGUAUUAUAACCAUUACUCAUAGAACUUUUUAUUUAUUUAUUUAUUCGAUACCUGAACUAUGUAUGACCCCCACCCAUCUGUCCAUUUUGAAAAUCAAAUGUGGCCCUUGAGCAGACGUUUGCCCACCCCUGGUUUAACCUCACAACGACUGACCACAUGCUUUGUGUUGUAUCGCGCGUUCUUUGUUUGGCAACCUGCUUUUGUGCAGUGAGCGGACCCCUGAAUGAUUUCAGUAUGUGUUUGUGUGUGUGUGUGUGUGUGUGUGUGUGUGUGUGUGUGUGUGCGCUCCUGUGUGCGUGCGUGUACAUAAAGAAAAACAAAAGUGACAUGUUCAAAUGUAACGAGAAAUA